GACGCCAGGGAUACAGAGAGCGUGCGUGAGAGAGAGUGAAAAUGAACGGAAUAAUGUCAUGUUGACCAGUGACCAGCACGUUUACAGAACGUUUGGAUAUUUGGAGCGGUUUUAAAAUGGAUUAACUGAUUCGGUUGUAGUAACUUUUUUACACCUGGAUUGAACUCUGUCGAUAGCUUGGAUUAUGAGGAUAACUGGCGCCACAAUUUACCAUUGAGAAGCAGCAAUACUGCACUGGAGAAAGCAACAAGAUAGCAAACACAAACAGUCAUCCAAGGUACUGUAACCCUCAAAAUCUAGGAGAUAUGAGGGGACUUUGUAUCUGGAUUCUGAGAGUUUCCAUGCUUCUGCUGCUGCUCAGGCCAAAUCCCCUGGAUUGCCAACUCACUAUAGACCACAGGAAGGUUCCUCAAAGGGCAGAGCAGCAGGAGGCUGGAGGAAUGCAGGGUGGGGCCCCAGGCUCCUGGGGCUCCUGGGGGCCUUGGUCCUCCUGCUCCCGCUCCUGUGGGGGAGGGGUUCAGGAACAGAACCGACCCUGCCUACCCUCCCACACCCCCUCCAUGGGUGCUGUUGCUUACCCCUCCAGGCCGGAUGGCCACCACCCCAACCAGAACCCAGGCCAUGUAGUGUCUGCCCUAAGACCCACUGUCCCACUGCACCGCACCAACCCUGGGAGACCCCCACCGUCCAACAGCAACACCAGCUUGGCCAGCCGAGGAGAGCUGAGGGACCAGCAGAGAGACAGAGAGGCCCAUGCUGGACACAGGAGGGGCAGUGACAGUCCCAUCAUUCCAGGGAAGUAUGGCUAUGGGAGGAUGCCUUACGUUGUGUCUCUCCAGACAGACACAGGCCAGAGGUCUGGGAUAGAGACAGGGACUGGUCUCUCCCACAGACAGAGACGCUCCCCACUCUCUGACCCCAGCCCGUCAGCCACCAGGCACGGAGGCCACAGGCCUAACCCCUACCGGCCGCCCUACAACAACCCCCAUCUCCACAGCUACAGCCCAGUCCAUCACCAGCCCCCAGACCCCCAACCCAGGUCUAACCCUAACCCAGCCUCCCUUCCCAGGUCGAACCCUAACCCAGCCACCCCUCCCAGGGCUAACCAUAACUCUAACCCUAACCCAGCCUCCCAGCCCAAGUCUAACCCUAACCCAGCCUCCCCUCCCAGGGCUAACCCUAACUCUAACCCUAACCCAGCCCCCCAGCAUAGGUCUAACCUUAAUCCAGCCUCCCAGCCCAGGGCUAACCCUAACUCUAACCCAAAACCAGCCCCCCAGCCCAGGGCUAACCCUAACCCAGCCUCCCAGCCCAAGUCUAACCCUAACCCAGCCUCCCCUCCCAGGGCUAACCCUAAUCAAGCCUCCCAGCCCAGGGCUAACCCUAACUCUAACCCUAACCCAGCCCCCCAGCAUAGGUCUAACCUUAAUCCAGCCCCCCAGCCCAGGGCUAGCCCUAACUCUAACCCCAACCCAGCCCCCCAGCCCAGGUCUAACCCUGACUCUAACCCCAACCCAGCCCCCCAGCCCAAUUCUAACCCACCCUGGUCCUCCUCACUCUACCAGCCCAGCCAGAGGCACCAACCUAGGCAGGAGCAGCAGCACUCAUCCAGCCAGGCCUCAGCGGCUCAGCAACCCUUUGGACGGCCCUACAACCCACUGCCCACCUCCUCCUGUGUGGGAGAGCACAACCAGUACAAGAUUUGCAACACCGAUGCCUGUCCUCCAGCCAGUAGACACAUCAGAGCGGUGCAGUGUUCUUCCUACAACAGCUAUCCCUUCAUGGGUCGACUGUACGAGUGGGAGCCUUUCAAUGAAGUUUCAGGGGACCAGCGUUGUGAGCUCAACUGUCGUGCGAUCGGUUUCCGCUUCUACGUGCGUCAGUCGGAUAGGGUCAUCGAUGGGACGCCGUGCGGCCAGAACGAGACUUCCAUCUGUGUGGCAGGGAGGUGUCAGAGUCUGGGCUGCGAUGAGUACCUGGGCUCAGGCAAGAUGAUGGACAAUUGUGGGGUGUGUGGCGGGGACAACACGGCCUGUAAGCUGGUGUCAGGGCUCUUCCAGCAGCACAGCCUGAACAAGGUGGGCUACCACAAGAUAGUGGAGAUCCCAGAGGGAGCCACCAAGAUCAACGUCACCGAGACGGUGAAGAGCAGGAAUUACCUGGCUCUGAAAAGCCGCUCAGGUCGCUCCAUCAUCAAUGGGAACUGGGCCAUUGACCGGCCAGGGGAGUAUGAGGGGGUGGGCACCAUGUUCACCUACCGACGACCAAAUGAGGUCACCAGCACCGCCGGGGAGUCCUUCCUGGCUGAGGGGCCAACCAAUGAGAUACUGGAUGUUUAUGUGAUCUACCAGCAGCCCAACCCAGGAGUGAGCUAUGAAUUCAUCCUUCCCUCUGACAACCCUCCACAGCACCCCGACCACAGACCUGGAGGGAACACUCUGUAUGGGCAAAGUGGGAAUGAUCACCGGGGCAACCCCAACCAGGAUGGGUACGAUCCAGCAGGAGGGGGCAAGUACCCUCCCCAGGUACCGAACAACCAGGUGCCAGCAGUCCUGCCACCCAGACGUCAGAGAGAAUACAACUGGAAACUGUCUGGGGCAACAGAAUGUAGCGCCUCCUGUGGCAGAGGUAGCAGGUACACCAUCUUCCGCUGUGUCCACAGACUGAGCCAUGAGCAGGUACCAGAGAACCAGUGUGACAGCAGCACCAGGCCCAGUUCACAGGAAGAGCCCUGCAACCUUCAGUCCUGCCCUGCCUUUUGGGACAUUGGUGAGUGGUCGGAGUGCAGUAAGACAUGUGGCCUGGGUAUGCAGCACCGCCAGGUCUUGUGCAGGCAGGUGUAUGCCAACCGGACCCUCAACGUCCACACCAGCCGCUGCCGCCACCUGGAGCAGCCGGAGACCACCAGCACCUGCCAGCUGAAAAUCUGCAGCGAGUGGCAGAUACAAACCGAGUGGAGCGCAUGCUCUGUUCCCUGUGGUGUGGGCCAGAGGACCAGGGAGGUGCACUGUGUCAGCAACGUGGGAGACUUUGUGUCGGACGAGGAGUGCAACAUGAAGCUGCGACCCAGUGACAAUGAGAACUGUGACAUGGGGCCCUGUGCUAAAAGUUGGUUCUUCACUGAGUGGGGGAAUAAGUGUUCUGCUGAGUGUGGGAUGGGUGUGCGGACCCGAGGCGUACUGUGCCUGACCAAUCACAUCAGCAGCUUGCCUCUGGAGGGGUGUGGCCAUGAGCGCCCCACUGACUCUCAGGUCUGUAAUCACGGCCCCUGUGAGAGUCGCAUCGAGUGGUUUACAGCCCCCUGGAGUCAGUGUUCAACGGAGUGUGGCUCGGGCAGCCAGCAGAGGGCAGUGGUGUGUCUGAUGAAGACUGACGAGGGGUUCAAUGUAAUGCCGCCCUACGAAUGUUCUUCUCUAGACAAGCCUCUUAAUCAGCAGAGCUGCAACCUAAAGUCCUGCGGGGCAAAGUGGUACCACACAGACUGGAGCGCUUGUUCUAAGACGUGUGAGGGGGGCUUCCGUGUGAGGGAGGUGCGCUGUCUGUCUGAUGACAUGCUUUCCAGAGAGGGCUGUGAGGAGGAGCUGAAACCAGUGGAGAGAGAGGAGUGCAACCCAGAGCCCUGCGUGCCACACAUAGACGAGAACUGUCGAGACAAGUAUUUCAACUGCAAUGUGGUGGUCCAGGCACGUCUCUGUGUGUACGACUACUACAAAACAACCUGUUGUGCCUCCUGCACACGAGUGGCCCACAGACAGUCACAACACAGGGCACUCAGCUAGCCCCCUCUCCCCAGGCCUCAGACCUCUAGGGGGCCUGACACAGUGCCCAGAGCAGGCCCUCAGUCCCUGGGCCAAACACACUGACCCACAGUGGAGAGGACAGCCUAGAACCUGACUCUUGGUGGACACUGACUGGACACUAUAAUAUGAGUGCUGAAAAUACAGACUGAAAAACUGAAAGACUGCAAAGAAAGGAAGUGAAAGCCCAACUUGUUUUUGGCAUGUGAGGAGAUUGCCAAUGGGCAAUACGGGAAACUGAAUGGUUCUUGUAGGAUGGUUGUGAAGGACACGUUUAACAGGGCUAUGAGUGGAGGAGCUCUGGUGAGGCGAGAUGAUAGACAGAACACCAAACCCAAGAAUAUGGAACCACUUUAUGGACUGUAACCAGAAUCCCCUCCAGUAAAAGUUCCCGUCUGGGUUUAUAUUGUGUUUCAUGGGAAGCAGUUUGCCGCUGCCAUUCACCUGAAUGGAUUAAGGUCUUGAAAAAGGUCUUUGGCCGAAACGUUGACAGAAUAAACUGCUACCGCAUCUGUGAUGAGACUCUUGACUACCAUGGCUCUCUUGGAUUACAUUAAAAAAGAGGAAGCUACAGUAUGAAAGGAAAGCAAGAUUGUUUGUUUUGCAUAAUGUAUAGACUGUACACAUUUUAAUAAGCUUCUUUACGCUCUAAAAUCCACCAUAUUUAUGAUCUAAUUAACUACAUGUAGUAUUAAGUUGCCAAAGCUUGCUCUUAAAUCAUCCCCAAUUACGUAUCAUGAGGGCUCUAUUCAAUACUCUCCUACACAGCAGUUUAGUUGACCAAAGAUUUCACUAUUUCACAGGAGGACGUGUCAAACAGUAAUUGCUCAGUCCAGAUCUAUGGCCGUAUUUAAUCUGUACCGGUGAAGCGUUACAGAUGGCGCAAUAUAAAUGUUAAGGUAAUUUCUGAUUGAGCCAACAUAUGCAGUGUUUACCGUGAUGCAGUCUCCGCUAAUAUGGAACAUUGCCUUUAGAUUUCAAACACGCUGUAACGCUUAACUUCUGCGAUACGGAUUGAAUAGAGCCCCAAGUUAUGGUGCUAAGACAACUUAAGUUGUAAAGUGACAGCUCACCAGUUUUACACAGCAACCCUCUAACAAAUUAAGCUCUAAAAUGUUCAUGUGUUGUAGUGUAUCAUAUAUUUUGCAUCACUGCUGCGUGUAUAUACUGUGUAUAUACAGAACCAGUCAAAAGUUGACACACCUACUCAUUCAAGGUUUUUUUAUUUGUACUAUUUUCGACACUGUAGAAUAAUAGGGAAGACAUCAAAACUAUGAAAUAACACAAGGAAUCUUGUAGUAACCAAAAAAAGGUUAAACAAAUCAAAAUACAUUUUAGAUUCUUCAAACAGCCACACUUUGCCUUGAUGACAGCUUUGCAUUCUUGGUAUUCUCUCAACCAGCUUCACCUGGAAUGCUUUUCCAACACUCUUGAAGGAGUUCCCACAUAUGCUGAGCACUUGUUGGUUGCUUUUCCUUCACUCUGCGGUCCAACUCAUCCCAAACUAUCUAAAUUGGGUUGCUUGUGGAGGCUAGGUCAUCUGAUGCAGCACUCCAUCACUCUCCUUCUUGGUAAAAUAGCCCUUACACAGCCUGGAGGUGUGUUGGGUCAUUGUCCUGUUGUAAAAAAGAUAGUUUCACUAAGCAAAAACCAGAUGGGAUAGUGUAUCGCUGCAGAAUGCUGUGGUAACCAUGCUGGUUAAGUGUGCCUUGAAUUCUAAAUAAAUCAGUGUCACCAGCAAAGCACCCCCACACCUCCUCCUCCAUGCUUCAUGGUGGGAACCACACAUGCGGUAAUCAUUAGUUCACCUACUCCGCAUUUCAAAAUUACUCAUCAGAUCAAAGCACAGAUUUCCACCAGUCUAAUGUCCAUUGCUCGUGUCUCUUGGCCCAAGCAAAUUUCUUCUAUUGGUGUCUUUUAGUAGUGUUUUCUUUGCAGCAAUUACACCAUGAAGGCCUGAUUCACGCAGUCUCCUCUGAUGUUGAGAUGUGUCUGUUACUUGAACUCUGUGAAGCAUUUAUUUGGGCUGCAAUUUCUGAGGCUGGUAACUCUAAUGAACUUAUCCUCUGCAGCAGAGGUAACACUGGGUCUUCCUUUCCUGUGGCGGUCCUCAUGAGAGUCAAGUCUCAUCAAAGCGCUUGCUGGUUUUUGCGAAUGCACUUGAAGAAUCUUUCAAAGUUCUUGACAGACCUUCGUGUUUUAAAGUAAUAAUAGACUGUCAUUUCUCUUUCCUUAUUUGAGCUAUUCUUGCCAUAAUAUGGACUUGGUCUUUUACCAAAUAGGGCUAUCUUCUGUAUACCACCCUACUGUACAUAUACCUUGUCACAACACAACUGAUUGGCUCAAACGCAUUAAGAAGGAAAGACAUUCCACAAGUUAACAAGGCACACCUGUCAAUUGAAAUGCAUUCAAGGUGACUACCUCAUGAAGCUGGUUGAGAGAAUGCCAAAUGUGUACAAAUAUGUCAAGGCAAAGGGUGGCUACUUUGUUGAAUCUCAAAUAAAAAAAUAUAUUUUGAUUUGUUUAACACUUUUUUGGUUACUGCAUGAUUUGAUGUGUUGUUUUGAUGUUUUCACUAUUAUUCAACAAUGUAGAAAAUAGUAAAAAUAAAGAAAAACCCUGGAAUGAGUAGGUGUGUACAAACAUUUGACUGAUACUAUAUAUAUAUAUAUAUAUAUAUAUGAUUGAGUGAGUGAGUGAAGAAGUUGCUGAACUGAAGGAAAUUCAGCAGGUCCUCCCAGUGACUGAACAGAGCAGAAAGCCCUCUAUUUAUUUAUUGGGGUCCCCAGGGAGGGCACCAGUGGCCCCUUUUGGCUGCAGGGUUAAAACGUCUGUUACCUCUCCACCAAUCGCUGCCUAGGAAAGGGAUGUAGGCAUUCCAGAGCCCACGGGAUGGUUAAAGCAGAUGGUUAGAAAUUCUAGAACACUAUACUUCUUAAAGAGAAGGUAAAAGAACUACUACAUUUGCGUGAGAUAAAAAGAUUACACCAUUGUACAUUUCUAUGCUCAUGGGAAAAUUGAAACAUUAAUUCACUAAAAGGAUACUGGAUUAUUCAUGACACUAUAACUGCAGUAAUGUACCACAAUUUUCACAAAUAAUUUUUUUAAAAAGUACAUUUGAUUAAAUUGAAACUGUUACUCAUGUAGGCCUGGUAAACAUCUAAACAAAGGUGAUAAAUUGACCAUGCCAGUAAAGUAUUAUGCCAUUAUUUUGUCCUUUAUCCUGUAUUGUACCUCAAGAGCAAGGAGUUCCCUUUUGAUUGCAUCCAUCCUAGUAACAUUCACUGUAAGAAAAGGUUGAGGAUUCUCAUCCUGUAUGUAUUGUAUGUGUAAUGAGAUGCUACGUCUGGGAUGGACUCAAUAGCUAAAAACAUGAAAAUACAGUGUAUUCAAUGCAACUGAGUUAAAGGGAAUUAACUGAAUUUGCCAACUGCCAAGUAUUUAAGUUGAAUGAUUUAACACCAUCUCUUUUUUAUUUUUAAAUCAGACACAUGGUGUAUGACUGAAAUGCUAUACUUUAGUAUUUGGAAUUCUAAUGCAAACAUCUGCAAUGUACACUACUUCAUAAUUGAAAUGGGAAAGGUUUGAUUGACACUUUUGGAGAGAAUAGGUAAAUAAGUGUUUACUUAUUUAGUGCAUAUAUGUAGUCAUUCCAUUUAUUUGAACACCAGUUCACUGGUGGUGUGAAUCAAAUCUGUAACAAAUAAGGGCAUCGAUACAAGGCAACUCUUCUUACCAGAGCUACAUGAACUUCACAAUGACUUAAGGACCCCAUCUAGUGAAGACUGGCAGUAUUACUACACAGUUGUAGUAAACCAACCCACUGUUCCAUGACACUAUGAUCACUGGCAUUUACAACUGGAAGCACACUCUACAAAUGUCACAGAACGCAAAACUGCAAGUUGAGGGGUUUAUUUACUUCAAUUGCACUGUAUUUUAUGAGAAUUGUAUAAACGUCCAAGAAAAUAAAGUCUCUAUUACGCACAGUCAUAAAGCAAUUAACUAGGCACUGAAAUAUUGUCAACCGUCAACACUGUUUUUACGUGGCAAGAUGGCCACAGCAAUUUAAUUCACUGCAUUUUCACAAUAAUCAUCUUUAUCACUAAGAGCUUCAAAUAGUAUAGGUAGUUUAACCUGCAUUUGUUUAUUAGUGUGUUAUGCUACUGAUACUGCAUUCACUGAGAUUAAACAGACACCU